AUGCCUUCUCUUCUCCUCCGCGCCGCUCUCGCCGGCAGCACUAUUAGCCAAGUCGCCUACGCGUACACGCAGGCCAACGUUGCCUCGCCUUUUAUGUACAAGAAUGUCGACCCGAUCGUGUUCCCGGGCCAAUAUGGCGUCUCGCAUAUGCACUCGUUCUUCGGCUCUGAUGCCGUUACUGCCUCGACCAACACCAGUGCGGAACUGCAAAAGGGCUGCACCACUGCCGACAACCCCAAUGACUUUUCCGUCUACUGGGUCCCAUCCCUCCUGUACACAAAGGACAACGGUCAGACCUAUGAUUAUGUUCCCGUCAUGCGCUUCUCGGCCUACUACAACCUAGGCGAGACACCGGCCGAGAUCCCCAUCCCGCAAGACGUGAAAAUGGUUGCAGGCUCCGCCUCCGCGACUACCGCGGCUGAUUCUCCAGCGGACGCAAAGGUCGAGUGGUUCUGUGAGGGCGAUGACGGCGGCUCGGCGGACGAGAACGGCUUCCCCAGCUCCACGUGCAGCACCCACCUGCAGACGCUCCUUUACUUCCCGCAGUGUGUCAACCAGGACACGCUGGAGACGGCGUACAAGAGCCGCUCCUACGGCACUGAUAACUGGUGCCCCGAGGGCUCAAAGUCCAUGCCGCAGCUGCGUUUCUCCAUCCGUUACGACCUGCGCAAGGUCCUGCCCGACGGAUGGAGCGGCACCGCCCCUAUCAAGCUGGCCAGUGGCAACGCUUGGUCUAGCCACGGUGAUUUCAUCAUGGGUUGGACUGAGGAUGCGGCUCAAAACAUGGUCGACGCAACCGCUGCCGACUAUAAGUACCACUACUACGCUGUCGACGGCAAGCUGGGCACAGCUGGCACCGAGCCUACGUGCACCGCAACCGAUGCCGACCCCGACAACGGAACCAGCGACUACGCCGAGUCUGUCAAGGAAAUGAGCAAGCGUUCCACCCCCAUGGGCUGGACAUCUCGAUCCCGCAUGGCCCGGGCUUAA